AUGGUCGUCGCCCUCCUCACGAACGCGGCCAACCGCGCCAUCGAAAUCGCCAACACGCUCGAGCCCCUGCAGCGCAUGGGAUUCCUCUGGACCUGGUGCCUCGGCGGAAUCCUCUUCGCUGUGCAAAUGUCCCAGAUUGGCGAGACGACCCAGUGGACCAAGCUGACCCCUCGCAGACCCUACUGGCUCACCUUUUACGGCUUCCAAUUCGUCAUGCUCACCUUUGGCGCCUUCCCCGUCUUCCGCGACCGCCUCGACGGUCUCUGCUUCGGCUACGAGGAGAACGUUCUCAACGGCAUCCUCAUCGGCUUCAUUACGCUCGAGGCCGCCCUCGUCUUCUACGCCACCUUGCACUUCCUCACCCGCGGCGGCCGAGUCGCCGCGCAGCCGAAGAAGGCCUAG